GGUAUUCGACCACUGCCAUUGCCAACUGAAUACACUACCGACGUCGACAUGUCUCUCUAUCGUGCGCCGUCUUCCUCCAUUCUCAAACCUUUCUCUUCUUCCUAUCCUCUCUUCUCGUCUGCUGCCGCUCACUACUCCGAUCUUACGAUCGAAACUUCUGUUCCCUUCACCGCUCACAAAUGCGAGACCCCGUCGCGUUCCGUCCACACCAGCCCCAACGAACUACUUGCUUUCUUUCGUCAAAUGGCACUAAUGCGACGCAUGGAGAUUGCUGCCGAUUCACUCUAUAAGGCCAAAUUGAUUCGCGGAUUUUGCCAUCUCUACGAUGGUCAGGAAGCUGUGGCUGUUGGAAUGGAGGCUGCAAUCACCAAGAAGGACGCCAUUAUUACCGCUUAUAGAGAUCACUGUACCUUCCUCCGCCGUGGGGGAACCCUUCUGGAGGCACUCGCCGAGCUCAUGGGCCGCCAGGCUGGGUGCUCCAAAGGAAAAGGAGGUUCGAUGCAUUUCUAUAAGAAGGACGCCGGAUUCUAUGGUGGUCAUGGUAUUGUGGGGGCUCAGGUACCUUUAGGAUGUGGCUUGGCUUUUGCUCAGAAGUACUCCAAGGACGGGACAGUAACCUUUGUUCUUUACGGCGACGGAGCAGCAAAUCAGGGUCAGUUGUUUGAGGCGCUCAAUAUAUCCGCGCUUUGGGAUUUGCCAGUGAUUUUCGUCUGUGAGAACAAUCAUUAUGGUAUGGGAACUGCAGAGUGGAGAGCAGCCAAAAGUCCUGCCUAUUAUAAACGUGGGGACUACGUCCCAGGAAUAAAGGUGGAUGGCAUGGAUGCCCUUGCUGUUAAGCAAGCUUGCAAGUUUGCUAAGGAGCACGCCUUAAAGAAUGGACCCAUUAUUCUCGAGAUGGACACUUACAGGUACCAUGGUCACUCCAUGUCCGAUCCUGGAAGUACCUACCGUACGCGUGAUGAGAUUACUGGUAUCAGACAGGAGCGUGAUCCAAUUGAUAGAAUUAGAAAACUGUUAUUAUCUCAUGAGAUAGCCACUGAAAAGGAUCUGAAGGAUAUUGAGAAGGAAAUGAGAAAAGAAGUAGAUGAAGCCAUUGCUCAAGCCAAGGAAAGUCCAAUGCCAGAUCCGACCGAACUUUUCUCGAACGUGUAUGUAAAUGGAUUUGGAGCCGAGGCAUUCGGAGCAGACCGAAAAGAAGUAAUGGCUGUUCUUCCAUAAGUAAGCAGACCAAACCAGAGGCGGUUUAAACAUUAUACCACUCGAACCAAAACCUGAAGGGAAAAACCCAGAAAAAUAAUUAAAAAAAUAUUUGUGGAUUAAUGUUUAAACCGCCCACGAGAAUCGUUGGGCGGCGGUGCUGCUUGUGACCCUCAACGGUCGCAGCCCAUGAAUUAAAAAUUCCUUUCAACUUUA